AUGGCAGUUCUCUCCAAACUCACCCUAUCAUCCACCAACGACCACGGUCCUGACAUCGACUCGCGCCUAAAAAAAUGGAUUGAAAACAACGGCGGUAAAUACGUUUCACGGAUCACAAAGGGCGUUACCCAUUUAAUCUGCUCAAAGACCGCUUGGAAGAAGCAAUCGGAAGCUGUAACGGCCGCCCAGAAAUACGGCACGUAUAUCAUCAACUACGACUGGCUGGAAGACUCGCUACAGAAGAAGCGGAAGUUGACGGAAAAGAAGUAUUUGUGGGAUACGGUUGAGCGUGAGAGGAGAAGGAAGAAGGAGAUGGUUAGGAUGGGGAGGAAGGUUGAUGCAGCGAAAUUCGAAAAGGGGUGUGAAGAAGCUCGUACGGAUACCGGAUCCGGUAAGUCGAAGUCCUCACUGUCGGUUAGUUUCUUCCGGUCUGCGUUCGUCGAGUUGGCAGAGAGAAGAGAGCGGCGGGAGGCGGAGGCUAAAGCCUGUUCUAAGGCUGAGAAAAAGGCUAUUGCUUCGGCUCAGACUCAAGCUCAAGCUACCGCCCAGCAAGAGGCAUCACCACCCAUGGAUUCCAAGUCCUCCCAAUCCUUCCAGUCGUCUCAGCGCCCUACUUCAAAAUCAACUUCCACUCCCACCCUUCUCCCCCUCCCAACACCCACCUCAUCUCUCUCCCUCAAGCCCCCCACGAGCUCUAACGCACAAGCUAAUCCCGCAACCCUCAAACUCAAAGACUUGUACCACCUAUACCACGAUACCACGGGCUUCUCCUACAACAUCCUACUCAUCCGCGCAAAUCUGCUCAAGAACCAGUCUGAGCGAUACAAUAUUCGGCUUUAUGAGAGUCAUACUGUACCACAUGUGUACUGCACGGUGGUACAAUACGCGCCCGCUAGAGGGGAGUGGUCGAGUGCGGAUAGUGGGACCUCGAACGUCAGUGAGAAGCACGCACGCUUAAUCUCUCUCGUCUCCAGCGCAGAACCAACGACUCCCACUCCGACCAUCCAGCCCUUCAAAACCAUCCUAACCCCACUCUCCUCCCCCUUUCAACCCGCCUUCUCCACCUUCCGUCACGCUUUCCAGGACCUUACCCUCCUAUCUUGGGAACAACGUCUUCACCCCUCCUUCCGAGCUCUCCAAAAAUCCCUCGCGAAAUCCUACAACGUCGAACCCUUCCUCUACGCAAAGCCUUCAGCCGGACUCCCCGUCGGUCUUACCCACCAACUCCCACACCAAGGGUACGAGGACGGGUAUGUCCGGGGAGAGCUGAGAUUACCGGGUAUGGAGGUUCCGUUGACGAAGGCGGGGACGUUUGGGUGUGCGCUUGUGAAGGAGAUGGAGGAGAUGGAGAAGCUGGAAGAAGAGAAACGGAUCAGGCUUAAGAGAGAGGAAGAUGAGCGCAACGGGCUGAGUAAGAAGAGUCGAAAUCUGCCAGCAACGAAUUGGAAUAGGCCGUUUUUUAACAGUGUGGGUGGGAGGCCGGAUACAUUGGAUAUGAUGAAGACGGGUGGAAAUGGUGCUGGUAAUGCAGGUGAAUGUAGGGGCGUGGGUCCCAGUGCAAGAAAAUCCGGUGCAGCAGCUCAAGGUGGCUAUGUCGUGGGGAGGGGGUUGCUGAGGCUGAAGCAGAGGCAGAAAAAGCGGUGGCCAGGGUAUUUCGACUAUUGA